ACUACCCGCGUCAAGCGCCGUGGGUUGUACCUUCAGACGCCGCCGGGCAUUGAGGAUCUUGGUACGCCAAGAGAUGACUUGGAGUUCUCCCAGAUAUUUGGGCUAGUCGUCAAAGCCGCAUGGGAUUCUUGUCCUUCCUGGUGCGCACCUGUGGCUCUUACUGGACUGUUAAGGUCGAGCUCGGCUUCUUCUCGACUUUCAGUCGUCAGUCUCUUCUGUUCUGAAGUUGAGAUGGAGAUCAGUGCGUUGCCGGACAGUGAGUUGCUGGAGGUGCUGAAGUACUUGAGCACUGAACAGCUGCUGCAGUGCCGCUCCGUUUGCCGCCGGUGGAGCCUAUUGGCACUGCAUACGACGCUUUGGCUCAACAGGCGACUAGACUAUGACCCCAGAAGUAAAUUUUAUGUCGCUGUUCUGAGCCUUGCGCCCUGCCUGCGCCGAUUGAUCAUCCUUCAUUCCUACAAGACCGACGCGUGGGACAUUCUCCUUUCGUCAUCCUGCGCCAUUUUCGAAUUAAUGAUCUCGUUUCAAGAAUCGGACGCUUGGCAUGUGGCACUGUUACUGUCAAGGGAUUACUUUUGCAGGCAGGCUUCUCUGGGACGGUUGAAGGAAGUAGGUUUGAGCUUGUACAAUGGCCCCGGUGACGACAGUGCCAAUGGACAACACUUGGAGCGAGGUCUAUGCGCGUUGCUCCUGCAAAUAUGCCACACUCCUGGGUUGGAGUCCUUGGCUUUGUCUUUCAACGUGGAUGACCGUGUCGUUCGCCAAGCUCGUUCUGCAAUGAUACCAGUGCCCGCGUUCCUGAAGCGACUGAAUUUCUCCGACCUUGAGCAGUCACCUGCCUGCGUGCUGUUGCUGUUGGAGAGGCACGCGCCCACAUUGGAGGACGUGUCGGUGUGGACGGACGACAGGCGAGUGGUACCCCUGCUGGCCUCCAUGCCCCGCUUGAGGGAGUUGCAAUGCCAUCUGCUGCCUGACAUGCCGUUGCUUGAGCAGUGCCAGUUGAAGAGCCUCCACCUCGAACUCAUGAACACCUCAUUGGAAACACCAACGGUGGUGGCACGUCUGGCUGGGGCGCGGCAGUUGCUGCGCACGGUGGCCACGCGCCUCAAGGAGCUGUCCGUGGUUUUCUACAAUGUGAGUCACGAAGAGGAGAACUUGUUCCUGGGCCUGGGCGAAGGGAAGACCCCGGCAGCGCUGCGCAGCCUGGAGGUGCUGGUCGACAGUAACGACGGCAGCGACCCGGUGCCAUCCCUGAUGCCCUUGGCGUCCAUCCUGCACCGCCUGCCGCACCUAACCAACCUGGAGAUUUAUUUCUUUUCCCCCUCGGACGCCUUCUUGGAGACGCUAGACGGCCGGGUUCUGCCUGGACUCAAGAAGCUGUCAGUCCACUUUCCGUCAACUGAUUGCCAGCACAAAGUAGCUCACAGCCUUCCGGUUCAAAAACUUCUUCGAAGGUAUCCCCGGCUGCAUUUCAUUAUGGGACGCGGAGAGACUGAAAGAGCAGGCUGCGAGUUCUGCGACGAGAACGCCUGCCACGACCUUCAUGACCAGUCUUGGGUCGUCCUGUUCAGUCACCGGGAUGAAUCCGGUUGCGAUGUGAAGCACAGCGAUAUCGCCAAGGGCGUAUUCGAAAUGUUCAUCGACACCACCAUAGUUUAGUGUGCCCACUGUUGCGACCCAUUUUAUCCUUGUCUAUUUUACAAAUGUUUUCCUAGAAUGAGAGGUCUUUUCUAUUGAAAUUUUUGCCUACAUUAGCAAGCACUAUUCUUGUUAUUCCCAAUAGCCUUUAACUAUGUUAAUAAAUUAUCAACCAAACUGUU